AUAUAUAUAUGUGUGUGUGUGUGUGUGUGUGUGUGUGUGUGUGUGUGUGUGUGUGUGUGUGCAUGUAUGUUAUGUAUAUUCAUUUGUGUAUGUAUGUAUGUGUUUGUAUGUUUGUAUGUAUCUAUUGCACAUAAAUUGUGGGUGUUUGUGGUUGUCUGUAUUUGCGUUUGUGUGCUAAUUAGUGUGUAUGUCUGUAUGUGUAUAUCUUGGUUUGUGUGUGUGCGUGAUUUUAUGUGUUUGUAUGUAUGUGUUUGUGUAUGUGUGUGUGUAUAUGUUUGUGUGAUUAUCAUUAAAAUUUCAUUUACUUAUAUCUUAUGCGUGUUUAUAUGUGUGUGUUUGUUUGUAUGUGUGUGUGUUUGUAAGUGUGUGUGUGUUUGUAUGUGUGUGUUUGUAUGUGUGUGCGUUUGUAUGUAUUGUGGACAUAUUUGCCUCUGUGUGUGUGUGUGUGUGUGUCUGUUUGUGUGUGGUGUGUGUGUAAGUGUAAAAGUGUCUGCCAGUAUGUGUGUGUGUGUGUGU